GAAUCCUUUGAAGCCUGUUUUCAUAAAUCCGUCAGGCCGCUGCUGAUAGUGUCUGCGUUUAUGAUUGUCUUCACCACUGGUCUGUGUCGUAUUGGGGGUUUUAUCGGAUGUUCCUUCAUCAUGGAAAGGAACAUGGUAGACGACUACUGCCUGGUUGGACACGUCUUCGCUAAUUUUUCAGCGGCGGGGGUGACGGAAUGCUAUAAAACAUGCCAAACAAACUGUCGGUGUAUUUCGUUCAACUUCCUAAAAAGUAUCAACCAGACCAAUUGCCAACUGAAUGAAGAAAACAGACAUACAAAGCCCGGUGCAUUAAAGCCAAUGAGUGGAUCUCAGUAUUACGAACUUGUCACUAACUACAAAGUCACGGUGAGACACAAAAUCUUCCGUCACCAUUCCCUCUCCCCCCAACAUCAAAUCGUAAGUAUAAUGUUUUUACUUUGUAGACGGAGUCAUGAGGGGAGCAAAUAAAUACAAGAAAACCACAAUUAUUUAUAUCGGAGCUCGCAGAGCGUAGCCCCAUAAUCAUACAAAGUAGUAGGAACCCAUCGAGCCGAAAAAGUUUGGAUGUACGACUGUACGACCGUACAAGGUGCUACUUUUAACAUGCGUGGUCAACUUUACCGGGGGCACGCCAGCGCCGAGGCUUUGAUCAGUAGUCCAGUGGUCAGUGCACUGAGUUCCGAAUUGCACGACCCGGGUUCUAGUCCUGGCCGGGGCAAGGCGUUGUGCCCUUGAGACGUGCGGGAAAGCUUUUAGGCUUGGCUAAAUCUAUUAGCUUUUAGGCUUGGCUAAAUCUAUAUAUUAUCCUCUCCUCUAGACGGCAGGUUCAUCGUGUCCUUGUACCCAGUGCUCUAAUAAUUGUUGCAGAGAUCAGCCAUGUCUUAAUGGGGCAACAUGCCUGGAAAACUGUGAGGCGACCGGGAAAAGAUUUGUCUGCAACUGUGAUCCAAAGUUCACAGGCCAGUUGUGUCAAACCGUUGGUUAGUUAUCUCAGAUUUUAUAUGUAGACUGUAAAUUAUCUCACAGAAAUGAAUUGACCAGUAAAUAUAUUAAUUAUUGCUUUUCUGUGAAUGAUUGUUCUUAAAAUUAAGCUUUUCACUCCUUUAUUACUUUGAAUGGGUCACUGAGACCUUGGGGUCUAUUCACAGAGGGUUUAAACUCUCUAUAAGAGGAUACUAUUAUAAGCUUUGAAAGGCAGUUAAGACUCCGCUCUGCAUUAGUGGGUUGAGAUCUCAGCUAAAACCCGACAAGAUGGCCUGAUAUCGCUGCAAGAGAACAAAAAUAUCACAAAUAACGCUAAAAAAAAAGGUUAGAGUUUAUUUGCAAAACGCAGACUAGUGAUGUGGCAUACAUAACGCUACAACAUAUCACGAGAAGCCAACCUAAAAAAGUGAAUGCUAUUCGAUGCCUUAUUCCAAACGUAAGUCUCAUUCCAUGCGACUGUAGCCAAGAAACAGCCUCUUCACUGAUGAAUUCGCUGCUAUAAUUCAUUAUUGUGUCCGACGCACGUGGUCUAGGUUUGACUAAGGCGAUCACAGGCGGCCCACGCUCACGUCUCGAGAAAAAGCCAACGAUUAAUUCGUUGUGUGACUCGGUGUUCAGUUAUGAGAGGAACCGUUGAAAAUUUGAACACGUUAUAAGGAAUAGUAUGGAGAACGAAAUAUGGUCGAAAAAAGAAAAUUAUUUUUAUAUUCUUUUUUUUUCAAAAAUUGCACCUCGUUGGGGCCAAAUUGGUCAAUCCUAAUUGGCUCUUGGAAGGGCCAAAUUGGGAAAAAGUUCCAAAGUAGAAUUCAUAGGGGCCAAUUCAGUUUGGAAGGGUCGAAAUGGUACCUGUCCCACCCGUUUUGGCUCAAAUAGUCCAAAAUUUGGCUUUUGGGGUCAAUUUGGCUCUUUUCAUUUUACAGUGUAAUCUUUGUCCAAGAUUGGUGAUCUCUAGACUCGUGGGAUCAUCAAAAUCAGAAUCAAAACAAAAAUUACUUCCUUCCAUGCUUUUCCUUGUAAAUACAUGUAGGACCAGCCAAGUAUUGAGAACUCGCUCUCUUAGCUUUAUCGUCUCUUGGUAAUAAAAUUGGCAACGCGCUAAAUAAUUUUGUUAAGUUAAUUAAAAAUUCUCUUCCGAAAAUAUUCACAGUAAGUCAAGUCAGUUUUAGAAAUAUGUUCACCCCAGUAGUGAUUGGAAAGAUAUAGAACAUAAAUGUGUAUUGAUCAGACUGCUUUAUAACAUAGCUAGUAAAUUUGUCGAAUCAAAUUCAAUUGCGCGAGCGUGCUUCAUAUUCCUAUUGUGCACGGACAUGACGUCAGCAAACAAAUCCCUCGAGAACAAAAAUUUCCAUCGGGUUGAAAAUGUUAUAAAACAGUUAAUUCAUACGUCAGCUGUGCGUUCAUCGAGACAUGAAGCACUUGGGAAGUUUGGAGAGCACUCAAGAAGCUAGAGUUGCUCUCGGCUACGCCUCGAGCAACUCUUACGCAUCUUUCGUGCUCUCCAAACUUCCCGCGUGCUUCAUAUCUCGAUGAACGCACGCUGACGUAUGAACUAAUUGUCAAUUAAUCAUUGUCGCUUUAUUAUGACAAAAAGAGGACUUCCCCUACACGAAGUCUUCUUCCAUGGAAAUGACAAAUACACAGAGACAAUUUAGCAGUGCCACUGGAUUGUUGUACAUGAUUUUUAAUAAAUGCUAUUGAGACCUGCAAUGAGGAAACAAUAUCCAUUGCAGAAAAAGGGAGCAUUGGGUUUAGAAACAUGACAUUAUCGAAAGACGUUGGUCACCAUCCCUUGAUUUUUAAAUGUGACUGAUUUAAAGCAAUAAUAAUGGGUUAGUUUGGUUGUGUCUUGAGUAAAUGUGUGUGUUCUUUUCCAGUUGAACGUUGCCUCGUUGCCCUCGGUAUGGAAACUAAACGAAUCAGAGAAGGGCAAAUCAGUGCCUCUUCAGAAUACAGUGCUUCACAUAUUGCUUCUUUUGGGAGACUACGGUUCUCAGGAACUUGGAUAUCUCAGGUCAAUGACAUCAAUCAAUGGCUUCAGAUCGAUCUGAUGACUAAUCUGUAUGUUAGCGUGACACGUGUAGCAACACAAGGAAGAUAUGACUGGGAAGAGUGGGUGAUUAAAUAUCAUCUGCUGUACAGCAGUGAUACCGUUAACUUUCAGUACUACAGAGACCGAGGAAAAAGUGAAGACAAGGUACUGGAACAAACUUAAUGUUGAUUAUUUCCAUGAGUCGUAAUUGAAAUUGGCGUUCAAAUCAGUUGAUAGUUUGGAAUGGUGAAUAAAUCUAUCCACUAAGUAAGGUGGAUCUCACUGAAGGUUUUGCUAGCACUUAUCAGCUGGAUAGGGAUUUAUCUAUUGGAUAGCGUUAUCUGUCCUUUGAACAGCUGGGCCCUGUGUAAUUAUGCAAAGAUUAGGAGAGAGUGAAAGGAAACAGAAGGCUUCUCUGAGAUUUCCAAAAUUUUUAAUUUUUUUUCUUUUUGCCGGGGAGUAGAAGGGAAUUCGAGCCAUGUACAAGGGAAAGAGGGUGACUCACCCACAUCAUAGCAGUCCAACCACCCUGUGCUCGUUCAAGAGCUGAAGACCAUCAUACCUAUUUACCUGGUCCAUUGAUUGAGAAACAAUACCGUGUUCUCGGAAAGCACGCGCGCUUACUCGCCUGAUUAGGUGAUUUUUACGCGCAGCAGAGGAUGCGCCGUGCAAUACUGAGGAAUCACUUGAACCCAAGCAUUUUAUCUCCACACUUGUGAAGAUUUUCCCAUAAUAGCGAAUGGUGUCUCUUGUGUUUUUUUUUUUACCUGUGGCGUGCUUACGUGAAGAAUGAACAGAACACGUGUGAGCAAAAAUUUCUUUUUCUAGAUCAAGGUCCUUCUAAGAAUAUGGCAACGGAAUUGACAGAAAUAAAAAUAUCUUGAAAAGAAAUAACCUUGGAAUAAAGCCUGUAUGGGGAAUCCAUUAUCUCAGAUUUAUGUCGUCUUGGUUUAGGGAAUUGGGCCGUUAAUAACAGUUUUAUCCUCCCAAUGUGUAUAGGUUUUUUCUGGAAACUCCGAUCGACACAGCGUAGUGCAACAUGACUUGAACCCAGUCAUUAAGCAACGUUACAUCCGUUUUCGACCACUGACUUGGGAGGGAAGGAUUGCAAUGAGGGUAGAGCUCUAUGGCUGCCGUGGUAAAUAUAUCUUUUUUUAAUCAUAUCCAUAGCGAAAAAAUAUUGCCUUGCCUUGUAAAGCGCUGUGAGUUCCAGUGCAUGAGUUCAAGUAACAAUCCAUCCUCGUCAACUUGAAGUAAAAAGCCUACUCCGUGAUAGAACGGUUCCGGAAACGAGAAAGGAGGUCAUUCCCUAUAAAGAUCUCUUCUCUAUCCGAAUGAAUGUGUUACUUUGCCAUUAUAGCAAGUCAUAAAUGAGCACUGAAGUUGUAUCAAAGCAUGCAAUUCCCCUUUCUUUAUGAACAUCAAAGGUUUCUCGACAGUUCAAUUGUGUUUACAUACUCUCAUUUACGAAACCCAUCGACCAAUAAAAGCGCGAGUAGAAUCACUAUUACUUUCAAAAAUCAAUCUCGGAAUCUGACUUACUUCCAUUUUCUUGACCAUUCAGACUGUUUUGAAGCCCUCGGUAUGGAAAGUAACGCAAUUUCUGACGUUCAGAUAACUGGUUCUACAGAAGUUAAUAGUAAUUACGCUCCUCCACUCGGUAGACUACAUCUGCUACCUGCAGUACACGGAUUAAGUGGAGCUUGGGUCGCUGCCGAUGGUGAUACUAGCCCUUGGUUACAGAUUGAUCUCAUUAAACAGAACAAUAAAGUUACCGGUAUAGCAACUCAAGGAAGGCAUGACGUAUCCCACUGGGUUACAAAGUAUUCUCUACUUCACAGUAACGAUUCACUUGCCUGGCUCUACUACAAAGAACAAGGAGUGAAAAAGGUCGGCCAGAUUCGUCUGCUUAUACGGACCUUAAGAAAGAAAGUUAAUUAACAGCUAUUCGUGGAUGGUGUAGUAAAUAUUGUUAAAUUUUCCCUGUGCCGAAGAUGAGGGAAUUAUUCAACAAUAUCCACUGUAUGAGCAUGAGGCAAAAAAUUGUCUAGGAAAAUUUAAAUUGAUUUCAUUUUUCGCUUCCACUUGCCAUGCAUCAAAAAAACAGAUACACGGAUUUAGUGCUUAGAUCACAUAAUCAAUCAAUACACUACACAUGACAUAAGCGAAAAAGUGAAUAAAACGACAUAAAGAAGUCAUGUUGUGACUAUGUAAACGUGCGUUCGCAAAAAAAGAAAGGUUGAAUAAAUGCAAAGCGCGAUUUCAAGGAUGUACGAUAACAUCAUAGCGAAGAGCAUGUACGUCAUUAGAUUUAAAGCCAUGCUUUAGGCUGUGAAAAAACUAUCACCGACUAAAAUUAGACAACAAAAUGUAAGUAAAAGAUGAUAAAUAAUAUAAAAGAAGUACUUGUACAACAAGAAGGAAAAAAUAUGUCUACGGAUGAGGAAAGUUAUAAUGGAAAGCAAAUGCUACACUUUGAAAUUUUAGGGUGAGUUUUUAUCGAUAAACAAAAUGCGACUGACGUCCUGAAUAGAAAAAGUAGAAAACUCGGCCAGAAUUAAAUAAAUUCAGGCAAGAAUUAGUUUACGUGUUUUUAGAGAAAAAGGAGGAUUCCAUCGGCAAUUAAAUUCACCUCAUUUGUUUUUCCCAUUUUGCUCUUUCAGGAUUUUACAGGUAACACAGAUCAGCUUACAGUGGUACCACAUGACUUAAACCCUCCAAUCGUCACGCGAGUGAUUCGUUUUCAAGUUCUAACUUGGCACAGCUGGUGUGCGAUGAGAGUGGAACUGUAUGGUUGCCAUGGUAAUGGUUUCUUAUUUACAUUCAUCUUGUACUUCUUCAGAAUUCUUAGUUUAUGUUUUUGUUUUAGUUGAAAGUUACUUUUGAUGUUGUGUUAUUGCCAAUAAUGCUUUUACCAUAACAUUUUUUUCCUUCGACCAGUGACUUGGGCAGGUUGUAAGGCAAAAGCAGAGAACCUAUACGGCUGUCUAAGUAAGUGGAAAACGAUGACCAUUUUUCAGAAACCUAUCGCCAUUUUGUACUGACAUUUUCCAUAACUGUAUCGGCCGAUCUACCUCUAUAUAUGACCGUGUAGAGAUUUGAGUUUCAGCGAAAGAAACGAGGCGGGAAAAAAUAUUCACACAAAAAUUACCAAACAUUAGUGUCAAGAAUUAAAUUAAGACUUUAUUUAAUCAUUUCCUUUUCUCGGAAAAAAUCCAUCUAACUUGCUUAAAAAUAAGGAUUAUUACAAAGGCUUAACGCACCCAGCAGUAAAAGGCCAAGGUAGACUUAUUUGGUUCUUUAAAUUUAUUCUGUACAACAUAAAGUAAAAUGCAAAUAAUCAGUUCAACAGUAACUUCAAAUGCAAUUUACUUCAUCGUCUGCGGGAUAGGACAGCGAAAUAGCUUUGGGAAGAUAUCGGCUAUUUGACACGUCAUCCCGCAUACUAUGGCAGAGGUGCAAGUAGGAAAAACUAAGGAAAUUGUUACUGUUUUCUUUUAUUCAGAAUUUUCUUUAGCCCCCAAAUUACAAAUUCCAUAAGAUGUGUAACGCUCUCUUUUAAUGGUCAGUACGGACUGUUUUGGAACUACUUUUGGGAUCAAGGAGGAUUUUUUUAUUAAUAUUAUUACCCCAACUACACUAGUAAAACAUAUUUAGUUACUCUGGGAUUAACUGAAUCAAUUAGUCACUAACUUGCAUUUUCAAUGUAUCAAAUUUGAAGUCGACAAACAUCGAUUUAAGAAGCACCUAUGGUGAAAAAAAAGUUAUAAACUGCAUCUAACAAAACAGCCUUAAAACAUGUUUUAAGCUUUGGUGUUAAUGAGGCAUAUGAUUGUAUUAAUUGCCAGUUUGGAGAAGGGUUUAUUGAAAGUAUGUAUGUUCACUGAGAGGUAAUAAUCAUUUCGCAUCAUAUAGAUUGCAUGGAAGCCCUUGGCAUGGAGAGCUAUGCAAUUACUGAUUCGCAAAUCGGUGCUUCUUCAGAGUACAAUGGCAUUUACCCUGCAGUUCGAGGCAGACUUCAUCUCAAGACCGUGCCAGGGUGGAGAGGUGACGCUUGGGUGGCUCAUCCGGGAGAUAGCACCCCAUGGCUACAGAUCGAUCUGAUUAAGCAGCGUAUUAAAACUGUCAGGGUAGCGACACAAGGAAGACACUACUCACCCCAAUGGGUGACAAAGUAUUCCUUGUCGUACAGUAACGAUACAAGUCAUUUUUUGUUCUACAAAGAGCAAGGGCAAGGUGUAAACAAGGUGAGCGUCACCUAAAUUGACCGUUUUUACGACAUAAGCUACAGUCUCUCGGUGCCUAAAUUCUCUCAGUUUCUCAUACCAGUACUUAGUUAUCCUGGUUUUGUUUGAUUCAUUUUUACCAAAUUCUUAUGCUUUGAUGACCCAAACUUAAAAGGAUACUCAAAAAAGUUCCCUUUGCAACUUUUUUCCCUCAAAAACUUUAACUUCUCUGUCAAAGUAUUGUAUAGCAUCAGAUCAGUUUGCCUAGCUUUAUAGCAUAACAGGAUUCCUUUUUUAUAUGAUCGCAUGUCAGUUCGAGUCACCGGGAACGUAAAGACAUGUUGGACUAUCUAUUACUUAAUUAGGAAUUCAGUGGGAACACAGACCGGCGCACUGUUGUUUCACAUGACUUGAGCCCAACAAUCACUGCACGUUACAUCCGAUUUCUGGUGCUCGCUUGGAAUGCCUGGCCAUCAAUGAGAGUGGAGCUGUACGGUUGCCAUGGUAAUGGAAAACACUUUAGUGCGAUAUCUUGUGUCAACACUAAAUCAUUUUCAAAAUCAUUCUCUGAAACUGAUUAUAUACAACUUCGCAGUUGUACCUUGUGUUGAACACAUCGAAUUUGAGUCUUCCUCACAAAACAGAGGACUACGGCAUGUUUUCCCAACCUGACAUCUGUUGAGUUUGUUUUCAACAAACAUAAGACGUAGGAUAGUUAAAAGCAUGUAAUCUGGGGCUAGUGUUGAUGGUUGUUCAAAUUUGACAGAAAUAAGGUCAUGACCAAGCAAAAAUAUGUUCGACCAAUCAGCAUCGCCGACGCUUACUAAAUAAUUAUUUCGAGCCCUGUAUCAGGAGAAGCUUCACGUUAAUCACUUUUAGAAUAGCAACAGUAACCCUCUAUUUUUGGCUUUGAUUAAUUAUGCACUUGAUUAGAUUGUCGUCGCGCUCUUGGAAUGAAAAGUGGUGAAAUUGCUAACGCACAAAUUAAUGCCUCUUCGGAACUCGAUCGUAUUCACGCCGCCAUUCUGGGAAGACUAGAGUCCAGGGUAGUUGGAGACAAGAAGGGUUCUUGGGUAGCCCCCCAAGAAGACCUUAACCCUUGGCUACAGAUUGAUCUGCUGAGGCAGGACACUAAGAUAACACUGAUAGCUACACAAGGAAGAUAUGACGCCGCUCAAUGGAUCACAAAGUACUCGCUGCUGUACAGCAAUGACACAAGUGACUUUAUAUACUACAAGGAACAGGGGCAACAAAAUGCAAAUAAGGUGGGUUGGUCCGACGGAGAAACAACUGAGAAUGUUGUAAAAUAUAUAAUGAAGAAUGCGUCCAAAUACACUGGGACGUCUCUUUUACUCAAUCUUUUCAUGUGACCUGCACUGACAGCCCUGCGCAUAGUAUUUCUGAGCAGCAUCAUUAUACAAUCCCGUAUUUGAGCCGCACAGCUGGUUUAAGUAAGACCUACCGAUAGAUACGAGUUAAAAUGUAAGUAGAGAAGGAACGGAAGUAAGGGAUGUCAUACGAUGAUGAAAUGAUAAUCGCCUGUCGCACAGGGCCGGACGUCGUGAAAUCGAACCACACAUUUUUAUUUCUAUGGCCCUCAGGCUCCCCUACUCAGUCAAUGAGUACAGUGCUCUUCAAAGUGUACCAGUUGUCCGUUCUAAGACAAAAAGUUUAUUUCUAUCGCAAUUCAGCAACUACAAAAUUAAUGAGAUAAACUUAUUUUGAACGAUUUCUUCAUCUGUAAUGUGUCGAUAGUAAUUGCACUAUACGAGUUAUUUUCUGCAAGAACUAAAAUCAGUAUGUAACGAAAUGUGAGAACGUUUUUAUGCUGCAAGUAACGUAUUGCUUUGUCGAUAAAUACGAAGUGAAUACAAAAUUGUCUUUAUAUGACAAUAUAAAUUAUUUUCUGCAAGAACUAAAAUCGGUAUGUAACAAAAUAUAAGAACGUUAUAUGAUGCACGUAACCAAUUGCGUUCUCAAUAGUUACGAAGUGAAUGUAAAAUUGUUUUUAUCUGAUAAACAUAGGACUCGGCUAGGAUCAGGAUAAGCAUGACAGCAGUCUCUCUUUUUUUAUUUCAACCAUGUAGGAAUUUGCAGGAAACACCGACAGUCACACGGUUGUAUCACAUUUCCUUGACCCACCUGUCACGGCGCGUUAUGUUCGUUUUCAAGCUCUCGCGCGGUACCGAUGGGCAGCAAUGAGGGUGGAGGUGUAUGGUUGUCAUGGUAAUGUCAUAAAUUCCGCCAAACUCUAUUUAAUUUCAAUCACAAGAGAAGAAAUAGUCCAACUGGGGACAUAA